UUCAUUUUAAAUAGGUGUUGAGUUGGAUGCCAUACCACUUUCAGUACACGUGAGAUGUGUGUUGUUGAACGGGUACAGUUCAGUGACUUGUUGCUGAUAUUGAGAAAGUGUUUUGCUCGUUGUAAAGUUGUAUUUUCUUGAAUUUUUGAGUUACGGAUUUGUCAUUUAGAAAUGGCCGAAGCAUCUCUAACUGCCAGUAUCUUCUCUGAAUUCAACGAGUACCUCACGAAUGAUCAGGACGUUAGGGAAGAGAUUCGCGUUGCGGUGCGUGCGAUGGAGCAGACGGCCAGAGAAGUCAUGACCACGCUGGAGGGCAUACACCAGUCGGCAGGACUCAAAGAGGCCCCUGCCCUGUGUCAAAAGGCAAGAAAGUUACUGGAGACAACGCGGAGCCAAUUUGCUGAACUCCAGAAGAAAGUGCCAGCUGAUCAGUAUUACAGAUUUCACGAUCACUGGCGCUUUGUCAGUCAGCGCCUGUCCUUCCUGGCAGCUCUCAUUGUGUACCUGGAGGCAGAGAGGCUGGUUACCAGGGAAGAGGUGGCACACUUAAUGGGAGUUUCAGUGAGGAAAGAGGAUGGUUUUCAUCUGGAUCUUGAAGACUUUCUGCAAGGCUUACUUCAGUUAGCCAGUGAACUGUCCCGACUUGCCAUCAACAGUGUGACCGCGGGUGAGUACGACCGACCCGUCCGCAUCUCCAACUUCAUCCAGGAGCUGAACACUGGUUUCCGUCUCCUCAACCUCAAGAACGACUCGCUGAGGAAGCGUUUCGAUGGACUGAAGUAUGACAUCAAGAAAGUGGAGGAGGUUGUGUACGAUAUCUCCAUCAGGGGCUUGAAGCCUGCGUCUGCCGGAGGGGGCGAGGGGGGUGAUGAACCUCCAACGUCGUCAACUGGAGCUGAAUGAGCCGCUGAGUCGUUUUCAUCCUGAAAUCCAGAGGCCAAUGAGGUGUAUGAUCACCAAGUCGUUGGCAGACAGCUAUAGACAGUGACUUUUAUAGCCAGAAACCUUUUUUUUUUUCUUUCUGAAAUUAAUCAACUUUUUGAGAUUUGAAAAUUGGAAGGGGGAAUGGACAUCGAAUGGACAAGUGCAGGGGGCGCUGUUCAAGGUAGAUGAAGCUGGACACCAUACGCUGUGCAUUAUGACCAUUUGAUUGAGCAGGGGGGUUCACAAGCCCAAACACCCUGUCUAGCAACCCCCAUUGUUUUCCAUUACUUGUCCAAUAUUUUACCACAUCUGGCAAUGCCAUUCAGUGCAAAGCACUAUUUCUCAUUUAAUCACCACACAAGAGAGCAAAUUUUGUAAAUGUAAUUUUGUCCUGUUUUGGAAGUGAACCAAAAUGCUGUUUUUGAGUAAAGAAAAAAAAAGUGGACAUGAUGCAUGCUAGAAUAUGGUGCAUGCUAGACUAUGGUGCAUGCGCAGUCCUACAACUGUGUAAACUGAGAGGUUUUAGUUUUUAAGAAGAAACAAAAGAAAGUGCCUUUUGAUUCAGUUUCAAAAGUGAUAAUGUCUUUGUCAAAUGAUUCAAAGCACAUAUGGUAUUCCGUGUGAUAUUUCUUUCGAGUUAUAUAUAGUACAUUGUAUUAUUUCCAAAGAAAAGCUACCAAAAUAUGUCUCUGUUGCACAAGUUUCAUUUGUUUCGUGACCAAAUGGAGGGAUUUUGUUAUGUCUAGUUGCAAGUUCCCGCAAAUGUUCUCCUCAUCAAAGGAGAAAACUGUGUGAUUGAUGGUGUGUAUCGAUGCACCAGUUUUCAGUUUUUUACAAAGUGUUUGAACAUGCCAGAUAUUACCAGGAUGGUAAAAACAGAUUCUUUUUUAAUAAACAUCGAUUUUUUACAUUGUAAUAUUUCUUAUGCCUGUCUGUUGAUUUGUAUCUUU